AUGGGGAGGAAACUAGACCUUUCCAGUUUGACAGAUGAUGAAACAGAGCAUGUUCUUCAGGUAGUUCAGCGAGAUUUCAAUCUUCGUAAGAAAGAAGAAGAACGACUAAGUGAGAUGAAACAAAAGCUCGAUGAAGAAGGCAGCAAGUGUAGCAUCCUCUCCAAGCACCGACAGUUCACUGAGCACUGCUGCAUGCGCUGCUGUGCCCCUUUCACCUUUCUACUCAACACCAAGCGCCAGUGCUGCGACUGCAAGUACAACAUCUGUAAAAGCUGUAGUUCCUACCAGAAGAAGGAGAGGGUGUGGCUCUGUUGUGUCUGUCAGCAAACCAGACUCCUAAGGGCCCAGUCCCUAGAAUGGUACUACAAUAACGUGAAAAGCCGCUUCAAACGUUUUGGCAGCGCCAAGGUCUUGAAGAACUUGUACAAAAAGCACAGACUGGAGAGUGGAGCUUGUUUCGACAUAAUAGAAGCAAGUUUUUUGGAGCCGAGUCUGGAGAAUGAAGGAAGCAUUAGUGGCAGUGAUUCUACAUUCUACAGGCAGACUGAAGGACACAGCAUGAUGGACACCCUGGCUGUAGCCUUGCGUGUUGCUGAAGAGGCUGUGGAAGAGGCCAUUUCCAAGGCAGAAGCAUCUGGUGACAGUCUGGACAAGCAGAACGAAGCUUGUUAUCUUCGUGAACACAAGGAGGAGUUGAUAGAAGAACUUGCCACUACCAUAGUGCAGAAGAUCAUAAAGAAGCAAAAAGGCAAAGAACAAACAGAGAAGGAAUCUGACUGGACGCAGCCAAGCAGCAUUGCUAGGAAGGUGACCAGUCAGAGGAUGCCGGCUUUUCCAGGGGGACAACAGGCAUCCUGCUCACUCUUGCAGAGAUCCCAGUCUGCAUUCUCCCUAACUGGUGAAGAGGCUCCAAGCAAGGUCCCGGCACCCCUGGAGACCCUGUGGGCAGAGCAGAGGGUCCAGGAGCAGAAACCAAAGGAACAAGAACAUGCUGCCUUACCCAGCUGGAAGAGCAUGGACAGACUAGAUGAGACAAAUCCAGACCCUGUUUUGCAAAGUGCUGAUGGGAACUGGGUGGCCUUGAAGAAUAAGCUGUUCCCCCACCAGCGGCUUCUGGCCAAAUCCAAGAGUGCGGCGUUCCAGGCUCUGGAGAAGGAGUCCAGCGUGGUGUCCGCCUAUGACGAGAUGGGCUCGGACAGCGAGGACGACUUUGACUGGAACAUGACCCUGAACAAGCUCCACCAGAGACCGCAGAGCCUGUCGGAAAACUCGUGCUCCACCGAUUGCCCCCAUCAGCCCGAGUGGGCUUUCGGCCACGAGGCGUGUCCCCGGGGGACGUCCCCCUCAUCCGGCCGGUGCACCAACCCCGAGGCCAUGUGCUCGGACUCGGAGACGUCUUCCGUGAGCUCCUCCCGGGACGCGCAGGGGCCGGCCAAGAGACCGUGGCUGCAGAGGAAGCCUCCCGGCACCCACUCCUCAGAGAAGGCGCACCUCCAAGCAGGGCUGGACGUGAACUUCAACCCCCAAGCCGCGGACACCCAGGACUCAGACAGCAGCGAGGCCGAGGAGGCUCCCCAUCCGGCCGACAAGCGGUCCAGGAGGUGGCGGAGGAGCAAGCUGGCCCCCGAGGAGGCGGCCCCAGGGCAGCCCCCGGCACAAAGCCGCGAGAAGGAUUCAGACUCCAAUCAGGUUUUUGAUGAUUUGUCAGAGACUGAUAUCAGCAGCGAAGAUCACCAUCAUAAAAGCAGGACAAACGACACAGAAGAGAAACUGAAGUCCAGGUUGUUUGAAUUGGCUGCUAAAAUGAGUGAGAAGGAAACAUCUUCAGGUGAGGAGCAGGAGUCGGAGCCCAGGACAGAAUCCGACCAUCAGAAGGAAAGUCUGUCCUCAGAAGACAAUGGCCAGUGCAUCCAGGAAGAAUUGAAGAAGAAGUACUCAGCUGUGUCCCUCUGCAAUAUCUCUACGGAGGUCCUGAAAGUCAUCAACGCCACGGAAGAACUGAUAGCAGAAUCAAGCGGUCCCUGGGAUUUCCCAGCAGAUCCUCCAGAGAGGGAGAAAGGACCAUUUCCUCUUGGGACAGACCAUGCGAGGCUUGAUGAGCAACUCACCUCCCUGGAAGAAAAUGUGUACCUGACGGCAGGCACGGUCUAUGGGCUCGAGGGCCAGCUCAACGAGCUGGAGGAUGCUGCGCGCAGAAUCAGCAGCACCACCGGGGAACUGGAGCUCGCUGAGCUCGAGGACCAAGUGGCCACCGCAGCCGCCCAGGUGCACCACGCCGAGCAGCAGAUGAGAAACUCAGGCCCAGAGAGAGGGACUGACUUGCCCAAGGCCACCGGGGUGAUUUCAGAUAUCGAGAGCAGGAUUGCAGCUCUGACUUUGGCAGGGUUGAACGUGGCUCCGUGUGAUCGUCUGACAAGGAAACGGGAUCAGAAGCAAAUGAACCAGGUACAGACUAUCGACACAUCAAGACAGCAGAGGAGAAAACUCCCAGCCCCACCAGUGAAAAAUGAGAAAAUGGAGGCUGCUUCACUAACUUCUAUUAAAACAUUUAACCGGAAUUUCAUACUCCAAGGGUCUAUGACACAAAGGACUAAAGAAAGAAAGAGUACUGCCAAGGACUUGAUGGAACCAACUCCAGGAUCCGCCAUAAUGUUUUAGUGGUACAGAACUCUACUGCCAAUCACACACUGCCUCCAGCUGUAUACACCAGUGCCUUUCUUGAACAGCCAUUGUAUACAGUAUGUCCCAUAGAAAAUAGGCCCCAGAGGAGCAUUGCUUCCUCUGGGAGCAGGGCUUUCUUUUUGUCUUGGAUACCUCAUUGAGAAAGCUGUCCAAGGCUUCAGCAUUCUGGUCUGCUAGUGGAAACUUUGCCUUAUGUUCCCUUGAGAAUCCAGGAAGGAUACUAAGAUACCAAGUUUCCAAAGCAAAGUUCUUUGUUUUACAAAUGGCACUUUCCCCCUCCCCUGUCAAUCAAUUGUGCUAAAGAAUGUCGUCUUUUAAGAUAAUGUAUGUGACUUUUUUUUUGGUAGCCCUGAUUCCACCAGAUGUCUAUCAAAAUUCCAUCUGGUAAAAGAGGAAAAGAAAAUUUAGCCCACUCCUACUGGCCACUUAGUUCUUACAAAGACCUUUCUGACUUAUGCAUGCUAAAGAAAAUGGACCUAGUAGUGAAUGCUAGAUUCACUGAUGUUGGAAGUGGUAAGAGUGCAGUUUUCAUUCUUAAAAAGAAAAGGAAAAAAAAAAACUACCAAUGAGCAGAGGCAUCUGUUAUUCCCCUCUCCAUCUGCCAGGCUUCUGGCUCAUGGUUCUUACGGUUAUUUUUAUUAGUUUGCAGUCACGAACUAUGAUGUCACAUUCCACCAGGACAGCUCCUGGUGAAAUAAAUAUGGCACACCUAAACAAAGACAUAUAUUUAUGUUUUAUCUCCAUCCCAGGGACUAUCCUGUAAUCUGGGCAAGUCACUGGUACCUCAACCCCUUCAGCAACAAUUGGGGAUUCAUCUGUUGAGCAGGGGCCCAUGGACCUUCUUAGGACUUAACCUUUCCCACACCAAGGAAAGAAAAGUGAUGGGAAGCACAUCUCAGAACUCGCCUUCUGAGCUUUAUUCAAAAUUAAGGAUGUGCUAUUUAGUACUACUCUUAGCUCACACACUUAGAUUAUAUUAUACAGCUUCCAAAGUCCUUUCCCUCCCUGUGGGAGAUAAGUAGUGAAUAUAGUAGUAUCCCCAUUAUACAGAUAAAGAGAUUAAGACUGGUUUUUAGAAGCAGAAGAUUCAAACCUAUGUCUUCUCACUCCCAAAUCCAGGGCUCUUUUCACCAAAUAAAGGUCUAUUGGGGAGGAUUAUAAUAGAAGAGUACAAAAGACAAGGUGAAUACAAAGUUACUUACAAUGCAAAUUAGUGAAAGCCAAUUGGAAAAUGAUUUGACUCAAUCAAAUUGUUUCAAAGGAAAUACUAAAAACCUUUCCCACCACAAAAAUUAUCAUCAUAAGCAACGUGACUCCAGGUGAUAAAGCAUAGCAUCAAUAAACUGUGAUGUUUUUCUGUGCAUGUGUGGACAGCAGGAAUAUGUAAUAAAUUUGUGUCAAAUUACAGUCUGUUCACAAAAAUAAACAGACCUAAAAACUUAAUUCAGUAAAGUGGGUCAUGUUUAUUCAUAAGUUAUUAAAGGAGAAUCUAAUUAGGAGGGUUGAAUUAAUUGGAAUGUCUCAAAAAAAAACCUCCCUUUACAUCAUUUUAACCUCUAGAUGAUUGGUUUGUCUGUUAUACUAUUCCCCAAUCUUGGUGGCUACAGGUAUGGGUCAUGAGCUGACCCUGAUGGUGGUUUGCAUAUUUGUCUAAUUAUACUAUUUACUAAUACUGUGUAUGUGUUAUCCAACUUAAAGACUCAUUUGAAUAGAGUACAAUUUUUGGCUUUUGUUCCAUUGGUGUGAUUUAAAACAAAAUGGAAAAGAAAAAAGCCCAAAAUACAAAAAGCUCCAAGUUCAAAAUAGAAUGUUUUCCAUAAAAAGGCAUGAGAAGAAGCUACUGUUGUGUUAGUGUUAAAAUAUUCUGUCUUCCUUGACAAAAAAUGUGUCCUGUGUAAGCAUUGCAAAAAAAAAAAAAAAAAAAAAACAACAAA